CCUUUUUUGUACCAGACGUUUCUCGGUUUUCUCAGACCAGGGAAGAUGUCGUCUUAUAACGGCCCUUUACGGAAGAAGGCAAGGACGUCAUGUGAGAUACAGAGGCUGAAUAUGAACAGCUGCGUGCCGAACUCGCGUUAUGAGAAGAUGGGGUUCAACCCUACACCGGAGCUGAGGGCGGAAUGGAGGCGGCGGUUCGGCAAGGAGGAUCCCCACGUUGCCGUGCUGAUGUUGGCGAGAGGUGGCAGUAAGGGUAUCCCCAUGAAGAACAUAAAGAUGUUGGGUGACCUUGAACUGAUCGGCUGGGGAAUCAGGGCAGCGCUGGACUCUGACGUCAUGGACAGCGUGUGGGUGUCCACAGACCAUGACGACAUCGCGGCCACAGCGCGCAGGUGCGGUGCGCAGGUGCACAUGCGCGGACAGCAGGUGUCUCACGACAAGUGCAACUCCUGGACGGCCAUCGACGAGUUUGUCAGAAACCACCCUGAAGUCGACAUCAUCGUCCACAUUCAGGCAACCUGUCCGUGCGUGCAUCCGUUCCACGUGCAGGAAGGCGUGCGCAUGAUGCUCCAGGACGGGAAGGAUUCCGUCUUCUCGGUGUACAGACGUCAUCAACUUCGCUGGUCUACACCCAAAUAUGGAAUGCAGACGUUCCCCCUGAACUUUGACCUGUAUAACCGCCCCAUGCGGCAGCAGUGGCCAGGAGAGCUGAUAGAGAACGGAGCCUUCUACAUCUUCACUCGUGAUGUGGAACAACAGGGGGUUCUACAGGGCGGACGGAUGGGGUGCCUUGUGAUGGACUCGGAGUACAGUAUCGACAUCGACACGGACCAGGACUGGCAACUGGCGGAGCAGAGGCUUCUUCGGUUCGGCUACCACGGGCGGGCACCCAAGAAAAUGAAGCUGGUUGUGGUGAACAUUGACGGGACGCUUCUCGACGGUCAAGUCCAAGUUUCCUCCACAGGAGAGGAGUUCAGGUCAUUCAAGGCCACGGACAUCGCAGGGAUCCACAUGUUACAGAGGAACGGGAUAGAGUUCCGUGUGGUGGCCCAGGGUGAAAGUCAAGUGCAAAAGGAGCUGGCGAAGAAACUGUCCCUCAAGUUGGAAGAAAACUGCACCGAUAAGCUGGAAGUGAUUGACAGCUGGCGCCAGGAGCUCAACAUUGAUUGGCAGAACAUCGGAUUCAUGGGCUGUGGUAUCGAUGACAUCACGUGUAUUAAGAAGGCGGGAAUGUCGGGCUGCCCGUCUGACGCCGACACGGAGGUACAGAAACACUCUCACGUCGUCUCCACGUACAGGGGUGGCCAGGGCGCGCUCAGGGAGUUCUGCGAACAGUUGCUCCUGAAAUGUGGAGUGGAGCCGACUCUGGGACCCACCAACGGAGCGACUGGCAACUUCCCAGCGUCAACACGCGUCUUCCAGACCGAGCAGAUUCCGUCUCAACCGGAGAUCCCUUCUUAA